AUAUUUUCCAUCUGGCAACGCCUACACAAACAGCUGCUUAUUACUUCAUCGGCGAGUUUUGUGUGGAUCUUUUAAAAAUGACUUCCCAGUACCUGAGUCAACUGCACACGGCCGACAAACUGGCCGCCGAGCCGUGGCCCGAGGAUGCCACCCUCUAUCAGCCCUAUGAAGCGGAGCAAAUUCUGCUGCCGGAGAACGCCAGUUGCCUGGCGGUGAAGGCUUACCUGAAGAUGUGCAACCUGCCCUUUGGGAUCCGGUCCUGCGCCAAUGCGGAGCACAUGUCGCCGGGUGGCAGGAUGACCAAGUUGCCCUUCAUCCGCGCUGGGGCAUUCAUCUUUGCGGAGUUCGAGCCUAUUGUGAACUUUGUGGAGCAGAAGGACCUGGCCAUUGGCAGCUGGCAGGACGAGGACGAGAAGGCCGAUAUGCGCACCUAUGUGUCCCUGGUGGAGAACAUCUUCACCAUGGCGGAGCUGUACAUCAGCUUCAAGAACGAGCGCGUGUACAAGGAGGUGACCGCUCCCAGGAACGGCGUCGUCUUUCCCUGGCCCCUCAACCACAUGCAGAACUACGGAAAGCGGCGGAACGCUCUGCGUUUGCUGAAGGUAUACCAGUGGGACGACCUGGACAUCGACAGCGUCAUCGAGAAGGUGGCCAAGUGCUGCGAGACCCUCGAAUACAAGCUGAAGGAGUCGCCCGAGACGCCCUUCUUCUACGGCGACCAGCCCUGCGAACUGGAUGCCAUCGCCUUUGGACACCUCUUCAGCAUCCUCACCACCACGCUGCCCAACAUGGCGCUCGCGCAGACGGUGCAAAAGUUCAAGCACCUGGUCGAGUUCUGUCGCUUUGUCGAUGAGAAAUACUUCCAGACCAGGUUCCUCUAAAAUUAGUUAUUCAUAGCUCUCGCACUAAAAUGCUGGCAUAUAAAAUGCCGAUUUGUAGACGUAGUUAUUCAUUUAUUUUGAUGUGCAUAACGAAUUCUGCUAAAGCUAUUAGAAGCAUUUGUUCUUAACGCUGUAAAUCAACCUGCUUUUGUAAACAGAUACCCGCAUUUAGAAAUGGCUUUUGUUUAGGCUGAGAAAGCCGCUGCAAUUUAAUUUUGAUUAUAAAAAGCAUUAUUUCUUAUGGCAAACAUGUAAAAAUUACAUCACGGAUCCCGCAAAAAUAAUUAUAACCAUGCCGCCUUCGAUGACAAAUUGUGCAUGUUGCACUUGCCCUUCGAUGUGCAAUAUGGUGCUUAUCCCACAUGUUUAUUUUAAAGUCUUCAAUAUUUAGUAAAAACUAAUAAUGCUCUUUUAUACAUUUUACUUUCAGCAAAUGAUUUGAGGUCUGAAAUUUCUUAAUGGAAGUGUGUAAAUUAGUAAUCAUUAUGUUAAAUACAUCAAAAUAAAUUGUUUGUUGACGAUACAAGAAA